AUGACUGACGCUAAAACAUUAGAUUUUUCUACAUUCCAUAAUGUGAUCAAUAAUCAAUUGACUACGACAUCGGAAACCCGUUAUGGAAUCAACCCUGCGAACACUGAGCCUAAUCCACCUGUACCUGUUUCCACCCAAGAUGAUCUUGACAAGGCCGUAGAGGCGGCCCAAGAUGCUUUCAAGAGCUGGUCCAAGACCUCUUUUGAGGAGCGACGUAAAGCCCUGCAUGCGUGGGCUGAUGCCAUUGAAUCCAACGCCGAGGGAUUCGCACAAACCCUCACAAUGGAACAAGGAAAGCCACUGACUCAAUCAUCUACGGAAGUGGGUAUGGCAGGUAUAUGGAUUCGCGGCCUCACCGCCAUUGAAAUUACCGAUAAUGUCAUCGAGGAAACCGAAGAUAGGAAGAUAGUGCAACGCCGCAAACCCAUCGGCGUGGUGGGCGCCAUUGUCCCCUGGAACUUCCCUGUCCUUCUGGCCGUCGGUAAAAUAGCCGCUGCUGUAUAUACCGGAAAUACCGUUAUUGUGAAGCCAUCUCCUUUCACACCUUACUGUGACUUGAAACUGGUCGAGCUUGCGGCCAACUUCCUCCCUCCUGGCGUGAUUCAAUGCCUGAGCGGUGAUGAAUCCCUUGGCCCGUUGUUCACUGCCCACCCGCGAAUUGAGAAGAUCAGCUUUACUGGAUCUAUUGCCACUGGAAAGCGGGUCAUGGCUGCAUGUGCUACAACUCUCAAGCGAGUUACGCUCGAACUGGGUGGUAACGACCCGGCAAUUAUCUGCGACGAUGUUGAUAUCGAUGCCAUUAUCCCCAAGAUUGGAAUUCUUUCCUAUCUCUGCUGCUCGCAGAUCUGCAUGAUGAUCAAACGACUUUAUGUUCACGAGAAGAUCUAUGAUGAGUUCUUGGAGAAAUUAGUCACGUUUGUCAAGACCCUGAAAGUCGGCCAAGGCACCGAGGCGGAUACCUUCUUCGGACCUGUCCAAAAUGAAAUGCAAUAUGAGAAAGCCAAAGACCUGUUCAGCAGCAUUGGUACUGAGAAUCUGAAGGCUGUGCUUGGAGGCUCCAUUGAAAAGUCUUCCGGGUACUUCAUCCACCCAACCAUUAUCGAUAAUCCACCGGAGACAUCGCGCGUGGUACAGGAAGAGCCCUUCGCGCCCAUCUUGCCUAUUAUGAAAUGGUCUGACGAGGACGAGGUCCUUGGGCGUGCCAAUGCUUUGGACACCGGAUUGGGAGCUUCUGUCUGGAGUAAGGAUUUCGAACGGGCAACUCGCAUGGCAGAUCAACUCCAGUCCGGCGUCGUGUGGGUGAACAGCCACUUUGAUGUGGCGCCCAAUGCUCCCUUCGGUGGGCACAAGCAGAGCGGUAUGGGUGUCGAAUGGGGUCUUGAUGGUCUGCUGGCGUACUGCAACUCCCAGACUCAGUGGCUGAAGAAGAGUUUUUAG